AUGGCCUUUACACUCCCAGCUCAGCUCAUGGGUGGCCUCACUGAGCGUGAGGCUAUAGGUGACGCACUCUACCGCGCCGUUCUCGCUUUCGACUAUAGCGACGAGGCCCUCCUUCUAUCGGCGAUUACCGAGGACAUUGACGCAGAGAUGCCUGGUUCAACCGCCCACGGUAUCGCAGAAUUCAAGGCAGCAGUCUUCGACCGUGUCUCCAAGCUCGAUACAACCCAUUUUCUCUCCAACUUGCGCGUCAAUAUCGCGAGUAGCAGCACAGCUACGGCAAUAUGCUCGGCAUUGGCUCAGCAUGUCCGUCCUAGACAGGGUGCAGACCCAAGCGCCGCCAAGUUCACGUCGGGUGCUUUCUAUGCUUGCGACAUGGUGAAGAUUGGACAUUUGUGGAAAAUGAAGACUUGGAAGGCGAGUAUCAUCUGGCUGGAUGGUGAUCCUGCAGUUCUCGCAGGGUAG